UCCCUUUGACCACCUCUCUCUCUCAUUGGUUACAUUUUCUUUUCUUUCUUUCUUUUUUUCCUGCUCCUCCAAUCACCACCCGCCACGUGGCAAAGGGGGUGAGGGGGUGACCCCCAAAAGGGGGUCUCAAGCAUUAUUCUAUAUGAUUACAUUACAUGAAUUGGGAGACGAUUUUUAUUUUUUUCUUUUUCUUUUUCUUUCUAUGGGGACAAUGUUUUAAAGCCAAACACCAUGCAAAAACCAUGGUGAUUAUUAACAGAAACACAGGGUUGUAGGCCUUCUUGAAUUUGAAAUAACACUUUCAAUGUGGCAUGACUUGUGAUAGUUUACACUUAGUUGAAUCCUUAACAACCAAAUAGAGUUAAGAUGGUGCUUGACAUACGGUAAAAAGACUUCCUCUUUUUCUUUUUUUGAAUUUUUGUUUUCAGUGAUCUUUUACAAAAAUAACACAUAAAUUAAAGUACGGAAAUUUAUGUCUUUUAUCAGUCAUAAUAAAGGGAAAGUCUAUCCACACAAUCGCAUGAAAUCCCAAUACACAUAAUCUAUGAUCCAAUGGAGAGCCUCUCUCUCUAGGUGAUUUUCGGCACCCCUCUAGCGACUUUUCGACGAGCUUCAAAAACACUUUCAAAGUGUAAAUUUGAAUUUUUUAUGUUUCGGAAGAGGAGUUUGAGAGUUUCUCCCCUUAUUUUUGACAUAGAUUUUUAAAUUUUGACACCCCCAAUGGUUUCAACAUUUUUAUUCAUAUGUUCAUAUCUAAAUAUUUUAUUUUUAUUUAAAAAUUAGUAUACAAACGAUAUAGAUAAUGUGUACUGAGAUUUUUUUUGUUGGGGUGCACAAAUACAAUUACCCAUAAUAAAACAUGUUGUGAAAUUGGAAGCAAGAAUGCCAUAAAAGGGUUUAUCUAAUUACAGCCAAGCCAUUAUCUUACUGUUUGUCUGCACUUUUAAACCCUGCAAUGUGGACAAGAAGCCACCUCCAUUUUCCUCUAUAUAAACACACCCCAUCUCUCUUCUUCUCCCCACACCCAAACCCCCCCCUCCUCUCUCUCUCUCUCUCUCUCUCUCUCUCUCUCUCAUACUUGUCUUGGCACCAUGCCUGAAGCUCCAAAAGACCCACCAAAUGGGACAGCCAAUACUCUUACAGAGAAAAACAAGAAGGCUCUUCAGUUCAUUGAAGAUGUUACGGCUAAUGCCGACGAAGUCCAGAGGAGAGUUCUAGCUGAAAUCCUCACUCGUAAUGCUGGCAUCGAGUACUUACAGCGACACGGCCUUUCUGAGCAUCAAACUGAUCCACAGAGCUUCAAGAAACUUGUGCCAGUCAUCAAAUACGAAGAUAUACAACCUGAUAUCAACCGUAUCGCCGCCGGUGAUGAGUCUCCUAUUCUCUGCUCACGACCCAUUUCUGAAUUCCUAACAAGCUCUGGGACGUCAGGAGGAGAGAGAAAACUGAUGCCCACAAUUGAUGAAGAGCUUGAGAGAAGAUCACUGCUUUACAGCCUUCUAAUGCCAGUGAUGAACCAGUUUGUACCGGGUCUAGACAAAGGCAAAGGAAUGUACUUUCUCUUUAUAAAGUCCGAGUCCAAGACCCCUAGUGGUCUAGUGGCUCGACCAGUCCUAACCAGUUACUACAAAAGUGCCCAUUUCAAGGACAGACCAUAUGACCCUUACACUAACUACACUAGCCCUAACGAAACCAUUCUCUGCCCUGACUCUUACCAGAGCUUGUACUCCCAAAUGCUAUGUGGCCUAUGCCAAAACAAGCAAGUCCUUCGGGUUGGGGCAGUUUUCGCUUCUGGAUUCAUCCGGGCAAUCCAGUUUCUAGAGAAGCACUGGCCCCUUCUUUGUCAUGAUAUCCGAACCGGAACACUUAACCCAGAAAUUAUAACUGACUCGUCGGUGAGGAAGGCUGUGAUGAGAAUUCUUGAACUAGACACGAAGCUAGCGGAUUUCAUCGAGGCGGAAUGUAGGAAGGGGUCAUGGCAAGGGAUCAUAACUAGGUUGUGGCCAAACACCAAGUAUGUGGAUGUGAUUGUGACAGGGACAAUGUCACAGUACAUUCCAACACUUGAUUACUAUAGCAAUGGCUUGCCUCUUGUGUGCACCAUGUAUGCCUCCUCAGAGUGCUAUUUUGGUGUCAAUCUCAACCCUCUUUGCAAGCCUAGUGAUGUUGCUUAUACUCUCAUUCCCACCAUGGCCUAUUUUGAGUUCUUGCCUGUUCAUAGAAACAAUAAUGGUGUCACCAAUUCUAUCACCAGGCCCAAAUCCCUCAAUGAGAAGGAACAUAAACAACUUGUUGAUCUUGUCGAUGUCAAGCUUGGCCAAGAGUAUGAGCUUGUUGUCACCACUUAUGCAGGACUUUACCGUUACAGAGUUGGAGACAUCCUCCGAGUCACCGGAUUCAAAAACAAAUCCCCCCAAUUCACCUUCCUCCGCCGCAAAAACGUUGUCCUAAGCAUCGACUCCGACAAAACCGAUGAACUUGAGCUCCAAAAUGCUGUCAAAAACUCCCUCACCCACUUAACCCCUUUCAACACAUCCCUAACAGACUACACGAGCUACGCCGACACUUCAACAAUCCCAGGCCACUAUGUCCUCUUCUGGGAACUCACAGUCAACAAUGGCUCAACAACCCCAAUCCCACCCUCAGUCUUCGAAGAUUGUUGUCUCGCCGUUGAAGACUCGCUCAACACUGUGUACCGACAAGGACGUGUCUCGGACAAGUCAAUUGGGGCUCUAGAGAUUAAGGUUGUGGAGACAGGGACGUUUGAUAAGGUUAUGGAUUAUGCAAUUAGUUGUUUGGGUGCUUCAAUUAAUCAGUAUAAGACACCUCGGUGUGUUAAGCUUAAGCCUAUUGUUGAGAUCUUGAAUGAGAAAGUUGUGGGGAAGUAUUUUAGUCCCAAGUGUCCGAAGUGGGUUCCGGAACAGAAGCAAUGGAGCAAUACCAAUUGAUCAAAUUUGGAAAAAUGUUCAAUCUUUGUGGUUUCAAUGGAUUUCCAAGAGUGAACUGUUUUUGUGUGUGUUCAUCAUAGGAAGCAAAAAAAAAUGUCACAGAAAUAACCAAAAAAAAAAAAAACCAAGGUUUGAUCUUAGUACAAAUUAAACCAUAUCCUUUUAAUUGUAUUAAUUCUAACCAUCCGUUUGUAUCUAUAAAUAAAAAAAUAAAAAAUAAAAAAAAGAUAACGCUCAAUUAAUACACAUUAAUGUGUGUUUGGGAGGAGAAAGAUUGGAUAUACACUUAACCUUUACCAUAGUGCACAAAGCGGUUGUCCCGAGACUUGAACCCAUAACUUCACGGUUAUUAGGCCAAGAUUCGUUAGUUAUAAUUAAUGAAAAAUGGGCAAUUUAAACAAUUUAAAUACUCUUUUUUUUCUUUCAUCACUGUUGAUAGCCAACUUCACCUUUACCCUCAUCCAUCACCACUAUUCCUUUUCCCCAAUCUACUAUCAUCCCUCCAUCAAUUUUCUCCAUUGGCCACUAUUCCUCCCCUUCCCCAACUCACUGCUACCCCUUUCAUUCAUUCCCCAACCAUAGUCACUACCACAAUCCAACACCAUCGACAAAAAGUAGUUAAAUUGUCUAAAUUGUCCCUUCAGAGUUAAUUAUAACUAGCAGAUAGUUAAAUAAAUACAAUUUUAAAGGUUCAAGAUUUAAAUUGAAACAAUUAUUUGUUAUUAGAUCUAUUUUUUUUUUUUUUGGAAAUUUUCCAAAAAUUGUCUUUUAGGUUGACCUAUCUUUUUGUUUUUAAAUGUUGCUAUUUUUUUUAACCGUUUUUAGCAUUAGGGACUUUUGUAGGAUGUUCUAAUAAUUACUAGCUAAACAAAGUUAUAUCUACUCUGGCAUAACAAAAGGUUGACAUUGACAAAUCACUAACAUUCUUUCACUAAAGGCACUUAGAUUUUGCCAAAAAGAUUCAACAUGAUAAUACCCUUAAGGUGUAUAAUUAUGAGUGAUAAUAAGAAAUAAGUAAGCAUCAUCUGAACAAUAAUGGAGAAAGUGAGACUUUGAGGUGAUUGAUACAUGUUUAAACCAAGUUGGGAUGGAAAAUUUUAAUGGCGAAAGUGAAAGAAAUUUUUGCUUUUUGAGACAAUUGUCCCAACAAAGAGGAUGACUUUGAUAGUAACAACAAUAAUCUGCCAUUAAGGAGAAAGUAAGGAAUAAUCAAUAACAUGAGAGAGAAUGGGAGCAAGCGUGGCAUUGUUGGGUACAUAAUACUAUUCUUUACGAUUUCUCUAAAAACAGACAAGCAAGUUCAAUGCCGAAUGUCAUAAAAUAUAUAAGUGAAAUCCUUUGGGUUUUUCAGAGAUAAUGAAACUUGAUCUGACAAGUUGUCAAAAAUUCGAGUUGCGAGAGCAUCAUGAUGAGGAAGGGAUUGCUGGAUACAAAAUGCCACUCCUAAUGACCAUUACAAGAUGUAGGUAACCUAAUUCACAUAUUUUAAAUGAUAAAUAAUUUAUUUCAUUAUUUUAGUUUUUUUUUUUUUUGGAGUAUAUUAUUGGGACAAUUAUGGAUUGGAUUGACAAUGAAAGUUAAGAAAAAAGGAGUAACAUGAGAUGGAUGUUUAAUGAGAUGUUGGUGGAUAAGUUAUGGAGAGUAAAGGCUUUUAUCCUUCCAUAUGACAACUACUUAAAUUAAUAACACAUUUUGUAAGGUUAUAUUUGAAUGACAGUAAUUUUGAAGGGAAAUAAAAAUGUGAUAUGUAAUUUCAUGACUAAUGCGAUCGGAAUAAGAACAUGAUUCCUGAUUUACCCUUUUAGGCGAAAUCAGUUCCCUAAAUUAAGGAGGAAUCUAAUCCUCCAUUAAUCUCACAUUCCUACAUCCAAAAAUGUCAAACUAAACACUCUUAAAAAUUAAAAAUAAAAAUCCUACAUUAAUUUCUUGAAUUAUCUAAACACUUUAAUGAGAUUUACCAGUUAUCAAAUUACUGGGAAUGAGAUUCCUAAAUCCACUUCACACGUGUCUGUCCCUGAAAUAGACACGGGACUCUCACACGUGUGGCCCCCAGGAAGAAUGCCAACCUUGACUUGCCCUCCAAGCCCACCCACACGUGGGGCAUAUCUUCUUCUGUUUUCUUGCCAAGCCCCCAAUCUUAGCAGACUGGGCCCAGUCUGUGGUCCAAAAAAUGUCAUCAACAGUGCCAUUUGCUUUCCAGCCAGAUUUGGGCAGAUUUUUAGAGUACCAACUUGUAUCCCCAACCACUGAUUUUCACUAUGCAACUCAUUUUCAUUCUUUAAUAAUGACAACUAACAUAGAAGUGAAUCUUAGCUGUUGAUCUUGGUUGUGAAGGUCAACAAAGAGAACGGCUUCAAUUUGACUACGAGGUUAGACCCAAUACCACAAUGGAAACAAAGGGUGGACAAAC